CGUCCGCGAGGGCGGGUCCUCCCGGCGGGCGCGCGGCCUGGCGGCGCCGAGGCUCGUGCGGCGGGGACGCGCUCAGACGCGCGGGGCUCGCGGGCAGAGAGCGCAGGCGGCGGCGGCGGCAGCAGGAUGAACAGCAUCAAGAACGUGCCGGCGCGGGUGCUGAGCCGCAGGCCGGGCCACAGCCUGGAGGCCGAGCGCGAGCAGUUCGACAAGACCCAGGCCAUCAGCAUCAGCAAAGCCAUCAACAGCCAGGAGGCCCCCGUCAAGGAGAAGCAUGCCCGCCGCAUCAUCCUGGGUACCCACCACGAGAAAGGGGCCUUCACCUUCUGGUCCUACGCCAUCGGCCUGCCGCUCCCCAGCAGCUCCAUCCUCAGCUGGAAGUUCUGCCACGUCCUCCACAAGGUCCUUCGAGAUGGCCACCCUAACGUGCUGCAUGAUUGCCAGCGCUACCGGAGCAACAUACGGGAGAUUGGAGAUCUGUGGGGGCAUUUGCAUGACCGAUACGGACAGCUAGUGAAUGUCUACACCAAACUCCUGCUGACCAAGAUCUCCUUUCACCUAAAGCACCCCCAGUUUCCUGCAGGCCUGGAGGUGACAGAUGAGGUUCUGGAGAAGGCAGCUGGCACCGAUGUCAACAACAUUUUCCAGCUCACCGUGGAGAUGUUUGACUACAUGGACUGUGAGCUGAAGCUUUCUGAGUCAGUUUUCCGGCAGCUGAACACCGCCAUCGCCGUGUCACAGAUGUCCUCAGGGCAGUGCCGCCUAGCCCCGCUCAUCCAGGUUAUCCAGGACUGCAGCCACCUCUACCACUACACGGUCAAGCUCAUGUUCAAGCUGCACUCCUGUCUCCCCGCAGACACCCUGCAAGGCCACCGGGACCGGUUCCAUGAGCAGUUCCACAGCCUCCGAAACUUCUUCCGAAGAGCAUCAGACAUGCUGUACUUCAAGCGGCUCAUCCAGAUCCCCCGGCUGCCCGAGGGACCACCCAACUUCCUGCGGGCCUCUGCUCUGGCCGAACAUAUCAAGCCAGUGGUGGUGAUCCCCGAGGAGGCAUCUGAGGAUGAAGAGCCCGAGAACCUGAUUGAGAUCAGCACGGACCCCCCCACUGGGGAGUCUGCGGUGGUGGCUGACGUCUUUGAGCAGACAUUCGGACCCCCCAACGGCUCCAUGAAGGAUGACAGGGACCUGCAGAUUGAGACCUUGAAGAGAGAGGUGGAGACGCUCCGUGCUGAGCUGGAGAAGAUCAAGCUGGAGGCCCAGCACUACAUCUCGCAGCUGAAGGGCCAGGUGAACUCGCUGGAGGCCGAGCUGGAGGAGCAGCGCAAGCAGAAGCAGAAGGCCCUGGUGGACAACGAGCAGCUCCGCCACGAGCUGGCCCAGCUUCGGGCCGCCCAGCAGGACGGCGUGAGGAACCAGGGCCUGCGCAAGGAGGCUGAGAAAAGGGCAAGUGCCACGGAGCUGCGCUACAAUAAGCUGAAGGAGAAGCACAGUGAGCUCAUCAACACGCACGCCGAGCUGCUCCGCAAGAACGCAGACACGGCCAAGCAGCUGACAGUGACGCAGCAGAGCCAGGAGGAGGUGGCGCGGGUGAAGGAGCAGCUGGCCUUCCAGAUGGAACAGGUGAAGCGGGAGUCUGAGAUGAAGUUGGAGGAGCAGAGUGACCAGCUGGAGAAGCUCAGGCGGGAGCUGGAGGCCAAGGCCGGGGAGCUAGAGCAUGUGCAGGAGGCCCUGGGCCGCACAGAGCAGAGUGGCUCAGAGCUGAGCUCAAGGCUGGACACGCUCAGCGCGGAGAAGGACACUCUGAGCAGCGCUUUGCGGCAGCGGGAGGCCGAGCUGCAGGAGGCCGAGAGCCUGGUGCGUGAGAAGGAGGCGGCGCUGAGCCAGGAGCAGCAGCGCAGCGCUCGGGAGUGGGACGAGCUCCAGGGGCAGCUGGCCCACAAGGAGUCCCAGGAGCAGGCACUGCGGCAGAGGCUCCUGGAUGAGCAGUUCGCGGUGCUCCGGGGCACAGCAGCCGAGGCUGAAGGCAUCCUGCAGGACGCAGUGGGCAAGCUGGAUGACCCCCUCCACCUGCGCUGCACCAGCUCCCCGGACUACCUGGUGAGCAGAGCCCAGGCGGCCCUGGAUGCUGUGAGUGCCCUGGAGAGCGGCCAUGCCCAGUACCUGACCUCCCCAGCAGACGCCUCUACCCUGGUAGCAGCCCUCACCAAGUUCUCCCACCUGGCGGCUGACACAAUUGUCCACGGCGCCGCCACCGCGCACCUGGCCCCCACAGACCCUGCUGACCGCCUGGUGGACACGUGCAGGGAGUGUGGGGCGCGAGCACUGGUGCUCAUGGGGCAGCUGCAGGAUCGGCAGGCUCUGCCGCAGACCCAGCCCGGCCUGGUACGUGGCCCCCUCCAAGGCGUCCUCCAGCUGGGCCAGGAGCUGAAGCCCAAGAGCCUCGAUGUGCGGCAGGAGGAACUCGGGGCCAUGGUGGACAAGGAGAUGGCGGCCACGUCUGCAGCCAUUGAAGAUGCUGUCCGCAGGAUCGAGGACAUGAUGAACCAAGCCCGCCAUGCCAGCUCAGGGGUGAAGCUGGAGGUGAAUGAGAGGAUCCUCAACUCCUGCACAGACCUGAUGAAGGCCAUCAGGCUCCUGGUGACGACGUCCACCAGCCUGCAGAAGGAGAUCGUGGAGAGUGGCAGGGGGGCAGCUACACAGCAGGAAUUUUACGCUAAGAACUCCCGCUGGACAGAAGGCCUCAUCUCUGCCUCCAAGGCUGUGGGCUGGGGAGCCACGCAGCUGGUGGAGUCGGCCGACAAGGUGGUGCUGCAUACAGGCAAGUAUGAGGAGCUCAUCGUCUGUUCCCACGAGAUCGCAGCCAGCACGGCCCAGCUGGUGGCGGCCUCCAAGGUGAAGGCCGACAAGCACAGCCGCCACCUGGGUCGCCUACAGGAGUGCUCCCGCUCUGUCAACGAGAUGACCGCCAAUGUGGUGGCCUCCACCAAGUCCGGCCAGGAGCAGAUUGAGGACAGAGAUACCAUGGACUUUUCCGGCCUGUCCCUCAUCAAGCUCAAGAAGCAGGAGAUGGAGACACAGGUGCGUGUGCUGGAGCUGGAGAAGACAUUGGAGGCUGAGCGCAUGCGGCUGGGGGAGUUGCGGAAGCAGCAUUAUGUGCUGGCCGGUGCUGUGGGGACCCCAGAAGAGGAGCCUGGCCGACCCAGUGCUGCCCCUCGCAGUGCAGACUCCCAGAAGCCACCCCUGGCCCAGAAGCCCUGCGUGGCCCCUCGGCAGGACUACCAGGUGUCCGGGAUGGAGGGCACUGACCUGGCUUCUGCUUCUAGUUCGACAAGAAGGAUGGUGUCCACCCCACUCAACUUGUGAACUACUAGGUGCCCCCGGGGUCCAGUGGGAGGCUAGAGGCUGCCCUCCAUGCCAGGUUGGCACAGCAUCCUCGAGGCCCCCACCUUUGCUAAGCCCAAGGGAUCGGGGCUGAUCUGGAUGAUUGUGACCGGAAGCUGAGAGCAGCUGGGACCCACAGGCCUGAGCCGUAACUCUUCAGGAAACCCAAGGACAUUUGUAAUACCUUAAGCUUGAGUUUGUAUUCAGCGCACUAAAGGAGACCCGGGAAGGAUGAUUGGGCAAGGGCCGCCCUGCCUUUUGGACUCAAGGUCUAAGGUUUGAGAUUAAUAGGGUGUUCCUUGCUGGCUCUUGGGGAUACUACGAAGAUGUCACCUGUUGGUAGCCUUACUGGGUCACUGACUCCAUGGAGACAGACUUGGGAGACCAAGUAGCCUCCUGCAACACAGGACACUCUAGGGCGACCUGCUUCCUUGAUGCCCUCAGAGGCAGAGCCUUGAAAGGAGACCCAACUGGCAGCCCAAGCUUGUCCAUCCAGACAGGAUCUGACGAAUGUGCAUUCCUUGAUGUCCCCGCCUGCCAAGCACCAGCCCAUCUGGAGAUGAGCUGCUCUCUAUUUCCUGUGUUGUCAGAUGGGCAAUAAACCCUUUGGACUAUU